AUAGACAUAAGAGCGAUGGCGAUGUGUGGUUUCUUCCGUUCGUUAAUAUUUUUUAGCUAAAUUUGUUGCUAUUGUGGAAUUUGAAUCAUAUAAAUGAUAUAUCCAACUGUUGGAAAUCUAAUUAAAAGUAAUCAAGUGUUACAAGUCAGUUUCCGUUUGAGAGUUGAAGACUUUGUCUACGAGAGGUGAUGGAAGACAGCUCGGUAACCCACAUGGAGACAGACGUGUCGUCCACUACCGGAGAUGCCAUGGAUAUGCAAGAAGUGACUGGCUCUGACGGCAAUGUAGAGAUGGUUGUGAUAGUGGAGCAAGUCAAUGAUGAUACGAGUAGUAAUUGUUUCAAUAACAAUGAUAGCCAGACCAGCCAGGAGGAUGAUAAUAACCCAAAUAGUCUUUCAUCUCCUCGGAUAUCUCCAGCUAAGAGUCAAGAUUCUCAAAAGUUGAUUGAUAAGUCUUUAAGACAAAAAGUGAUACCAAGUACUGAUAUGCAUCAUAAAACUAUGUCAUGUGUUAAAUUAACACACUCUGAAGAUAUUGUAGACUCUUCAAGUAAGACUGAUAUUCCAAGAUCUCCAAAUAAAGAUAACCAGAAAUCAUUGAGUAAAGAAAUUCAGGGAUCUCCUAGUAAAGAAUUCCAGAGUUCUCCAAAUAAAGAAACUAAGAAAUCACCAAGUAAGGAAACUCAAUUUUUUCUGAAUAAAGAAACUCACAGAUCUCCUAACAAAGAAAUCCAAAAUUCUUCAAAUAAGGAUAUUCAGAAUUCUCAAAUUAAAGUAACCCAGAGUUCUCCAGUUAAAGUAACCCAUAGUUUAUCAAAUAAAGCAAUUAAAGAAAUCUAUAGUUCUCCGAUUAAAUCAAUUAAGGAAGUCCAGAGUUCUCCGAUUAAAUCAAUUAAGGAAGUCCAGAGUUCUCCGAUUAAAUCAAUUAAGGAAGUCCAGAGUUCUCUGAAUAAAACAAUUAAGAAAAAAUCAAUUAAGGAAGUCCAGAGUUCUCCGAUUAAAUCAAUCAAGGAAAUUCAGAGUUCUCCAAUUAAAAUAAUUAAGGAAAUCCAGAGUUCACCCCUUAAAGUGAUUAAGGAAAUCCAGAGUUCACCCAGUAAAGCAAUUAAGGAAAUCCAGAUUUCUCCAGUUAUAGAAACCCAGAGUUCUCCAAAUAAAGAAUCUAAGAUGUCUCCAAAUAAGGAAACCCACAUUUCUCCAAAUAAAGACACCCUAAAUAAGCAAAUACAAAAUUCUCAAAAUACAGAAAUUGUUAAGGAGUCACAGAAAUCUCCAAAUAAAAUCUCUACUAAUGAGUCUGAAGAGCAUGACACUCCUACAAAAUUAACCAUACAAGCUCAAGUUCUAGAAUCUAUAAAGAAAACACCAAUUAAAGAAAUUUCAUCAGAAAAUACAAAAAUUAAUGGUAAACAUGAGGAAGCUGACAGUUCUAAGAAAGAAGUUUCAGCUAGGAGUGAUAAUAGUGUCCCUAUAGAAAUCAUAAUAGAAAAAGAAACCUCUAAUGAUUCUCAGAUUGAUACUGGCUCUGAUAUAUCAGAGAAAGAUCAUAAUAAAAGCAUUAGUAGGGAGCUCAAGUCUCUGAUUAAUUCUGCCAAAGAGUCAAAGAUUAUUAGUGAAUGCACACAGCUUACUAGCAAGACAAGGAAGUCAAGAUCUAAUUUAGAUACUUCAAACACAAGUCUGAAUGCUUCUGUGGAAGCCGAUAAAAUAUCAGGGGCCAGACGAAGCAGUACCAACUCAUUGAAGAGCAACUCCAGUGAGAAGUCAGAGAAGACAGCAGUCAAACGAUCUAUGAGAUCACAAAACCCCGAGUUUGUAAACAAGGUAAAAUUGUUUCUCAAUUCAGUCACCAAAGGACAAAAGUUUUCUGAUGAGGUGUCUGAUGGGGAGACAGAAGAAAGUAAAAGUAAGGAACAACAGACCAAUGUAUUGACUAAUACAACCCACUCAAAUUCAACUACAUCCAAAAGGAAAAAAGUGGGUGGCAUUGAAAACCAGGAAAAAUCCAAUAAACUACGGUCUGAUGCCUACUGUUGGAGAUGCCACUGGCUUGUUGAGCAGCCAGCCAAUGAGAAGACACAUGUACCAAUGCAGUGCACAGUCUGUCCAAGAUCCUUUCACUAUAAGUGCCUAUCAUGGGUGGAGCGAAGUAAAAUUGAUCCAGAAAAAAGUUGGGUGUGCCCUGAGUGUAUGGGUGUGCUGCAUGCUGAAAGUUCAGAGACUAGAUCAGUAGCUAUGAAGAAAAUAUCACUGGGGAUGCUACAAGAACUGCUGAAGCAUGCGUUGGAGAGAAUGAUGGAACUCAAUGGGGUGGAGCCAUUUAUGCAGCCAGUGGACCGAACAACAUUUCCUGAUUACGACAAGUAUGUAGUACAUCCCAUGGAUCUGACACUGAUGAAGAAUAACAUACAAUCUGGUGCAUACGGCAGCACGGAGGCCUUCCUGGCUGAUGCACAAUGGAUACUACACAACAGUAUUAUAUUUAAUACAUUGCAAUCAAAGUUGACCGGUGGCGCUCGUGGACUAGUUCGUUCGUGUCGUGCCGAGAUGGGCGAGAUCGAGGCUUGUCCAGAGUGUUACGCAGGCGCGCAUGCUCGUCGUCCCACCUGGUUCACCGACGUGUGUUCCACACCUCACGUGCUGCUCUGGGCGAAGCUUAAAGGUUUCCCUUAUUGGCCGGCGAAGGGCAUGUCGGUGAACAACGCGGGCAUGGUGGACGUGAGAUUCUUCGGAGCGCACGACCGCGCUUGGGUGCCGGCUAAGGACUGUUUCCUGUACUCCGAGAAAGACCCCAACAACUUCCGCACUAAGAGACAGGAUAUAUUGGACAGUAUGCAGGAGGCCGAGCAGCACAUCCGGAAUAUUUCACGGAAAUACGGUAAAUUCGUUUACCCACCUUUUAAAACGCAGUUCGAUCCGUCAAAACUGAAUGAACAACUCAAACUUAUGAUUCCGUCCUUCGAGGGUGAAGUGCAUACUCCAAUGAAAGAGAAGAGGCCUUCAAAUAGCUCAUCACCAAUGGUAAAAGAUAAAAGCAGGUCCAACUCUAAAAGUUCCAAGAGUUCCAUUCGUGAAGGUGAUAAUAGCGAAAACGAUGACGUAUUACCAGCUCGUAAAAUGGCCGAUGGCGCUGUUAUUGCUCGAGUGGACGACGACUUUUCAUUAGAUAAAGAUAAAACAAAAGAAACAUAUAGCUCUCCAUCUCGAACUAAAGUGAAUGAGGCUUCGAGGAAACGGCGUCGCUCUGACCUCGAAGAGGCUGUUAUCACGAUUAUGGAUAACAAAGAAAAAAGGAAACGUUUAACAAAUGAUAAAUUAGAUAACUCUAUUCCUCAAGAACCUAGUAGUAGCAAAGACAUUGAUAUGAAAUCCUCAGAAAAUAAAACAAAAGACAAAGCAGAAAAUUCAUUGAAGACUAGAAAUAGUGAUACCUCAAGGUCAUUACUAGUAAAUACAAGUGGAAGUGAAAAGUCUACGCCUAGAGUGGCUCCUAUUAAGAUAAUAACAACAUCAAAAGGUAAUAAACAUGCAGUUAAAACGAGUACCCCGAAAGAUACGGUUAUGAUUGAUAAAAGUGCCCUUCAAAAGGCAAAGUCACUAAAAGUGCUUAAAUCACCAUCUAAUCAAAAGAUAAACAGUAAAGACGAAAAGUCUAGACGAGAGAAGCGCAGAAACUCUAGAAAUAAUAAGUCGUUAACCAAUACUAGCAUUGCUGCAGGAAAGACUGAUAAAAAUAAUGAAAGGCAAAACGGCAAAAAUAGUGAUAACAGUCAUGUAAAAGAUAACAGCAUUUCAAAUACAAGCGUAGAGGGUGACAGUAAUCAAGUGGGCAGUGAAAAAAAUAAUAAGCAAAAUGGAGAAAGUUCGAAAAUAAAAGAAAAAAGUUACAUAAUGUUUGAUGAUGAUACAAGCCUUGCAGUUUUAGCUCGGGGAGGGAAGAGCAGUGACAAUCAAAUGUCCUUUCUUCCUACUAUUAGUAGUGUCCGAAGUCUGUCCACUACUGCUCAGAUCAGUUGUACAACAACAACUAGCACCGCGUCCAAUAAAACAAUUGAAGUUACUAUAGAACCAACAGGGACUAGCGUUUUUACGCCAACAAGUACUGAUGGCGUUAGGAGUAUGAAGGAGGCCGUUUCACAUCUCGAGAAACUUAGAAACAAUGCUGACAGGCCGGUUGUAGGUCGCGUGGGCGUACGGGCUUUCGCACGGAUGGCAUCAUCUCCAGAGAAACAACAGAACAGCAAUGUCGAAGUAGAAAUAAAAGCGGAGCCAAUGGACUUGGAUGAUGCGGAUCGACACCACGAGAAGAUGGAUCUGAUGAACGCAUUCAAACUCCGACCUGUGAAUCCGGCAACGUCGAAUUUACGGGAAGUAAGAAUUAAUAAGGUCGUAGUGACCCCCCUGAAUGCCAAAAAAGUGCCGGCUAAAACGACAGAGAUAAGGCCCAGAGCGAAGAAAACGUUCCCGGCGCCUCGCAAACCCGAUGAAGGAAGAUCGGAACUGAAUGGCAAAAAUUCGAUGGUGUAUAUCCCUAUUCAACCGCCAGCCACACCGGGGCCCGCUCCCCGCCCGCCGCGCCCCGCCGUUAUCCCCGCACACUCUGUUUCGCAAAUCAGGGCGAAAGCACCAGUCAUUACCACAAUCGUGAGUUCGUCGACGUCAGUUGCGUCCGCGCUGGGUACGGCCAACCAGGCUUCGUCACUAAUGUCGAUAGGUGCAGCGGGUCCAGGCGUGCCCACUGUACCCACCAACGUGCAUACCGUGCCGCUCAUCACCUCCGUCAACGGACAGUGGACCUUCAGUUUGCAGCCGAUAAUGUCUGUUGGAGGUGUCGAUGGUACAAACUCCCCGCCAUUAUUAAAUGGGCUAUCUGAACGGGCGUCGACUACUCUAAUGCCGCUAUCGGCGGCGGCUGCGCUGGCCGCAGCUUCCGGUCAACCCCCUACGCUCGCGCCACUGCCGGCCACGCCAAUAGUCGCCACUGCCACACCUGUUACGUCCACCACACCCAUCACACCCGCCGCGCCCGCCACGCCAGCCACGCCAGCCACGCCAGCCAAGCCAGCCACGCCAGCCACGCCCGUCACACCCGUCACACUCGCUACAGGUCUCGCGCAGAUUACGACCAAGAAUAGUACAACCAACGAUGCUUCUGCCAAUCCUGGAGAGCCCCCGCGACUCCAACAGCGGCCGGGGUUGUUGAACCCGCUGGACUCCAGCACGCCUGUCGGCAACCUGCUGCCGCCCACCACCGUCGGGCCUCUCACAGCUAAGCUCAACCAGAACGCUGUUAAGUUGACAGAUUUCUUCCGUACGCUAUUAGAGGACUCCCUUGAGAAAGUGGACGAGCCGGCCUCGCAGCUGACCGCUCUGCGGCUCCAGCUCGAACAAAUCAAGUGGCGGCACCAGCAGGAGCUCGACGAGAUCAAACACAAUCAUGACUUGACACUAGCGGAGAUGCGCGCUUCAUUCGAAAGGGAGAAGAAGCGAGCGGUGAACGAAGCACGCCGCGCCGCGCAGGCGGAUCUCGAAGCCGCCGUCAAACUCACCAAGUCGAAGCAGUGGUGCGCGAACUGCAGCCAGGAGGCGCAGUUCUAUUGCUGCUGGAACACGUCGUACUGCGAUUACCCGUGCCAGCGCGCGCACUGGGCGCAGCACUACGCUGUCUGCGCGCAACAGAGGCUGGAGGAUGACAACACUAGUAAUAAUAGUAUAGGAAGCCCAUCAGAGAGCAGACUACAGCCGCAACCAGAUCUCCCAGCCUUACAGAAAGCUGCGCCGGCGCUGACGGCCGCCAAUGCCGUCACUAGAUUUGGACCCGACCACGCGACGAAAACUUCCAUCAUAAUGAGUAUGGUAGAGGAUACGAGCGGUAAUCAGACAAUGAAGUGCGUCGGUACAUACAAGCCGUCCGCUUCCAGCUCUGCGCCCGCGCAGGUCUCACCCGUCAUUAUCAACAAACAAGUAAUUACCAGCGAUGACAGCACCACAACUAAGAAGGUAGUGACCUCAGGGGGUUACCUAAUAGUGGGCUCGAGUAAUAACUCACCAUUGGUGACGCCGGCGCGCCGUUCGCACGCUAUACAAUACUUUACGUGAACUGUGCUAGUGCAUACGCUGUGAUUUUUAAGUACUAAUUGUAAACCGUGGCUUUGCUUGGAUUUUGGAUUAGGAUAAGUGUGUCCUAUUUAUUUAUUAUGUUCUGUGUAUCAAAUUUUGUUGAGUUUGGGCGUGAUUAACGUACAUCUUUGCUGAAUUUUAUGUUUAUAUCACUAGUAAGGUUUCUUAAGUCGCCCUGCCAUCUGGUGGUUAUUAGGUUUUUUUAAGUGACAUUUCACAGACUAUAUUAGUUAUAUUAUCGUAUGUGUAUCACGUCAGAAAUACUGAACAACACAUAAGAAAUAGCACGGAUAGUCACAGUGUGGUGUGGUGUUUAUAAUGCUAUAUUGUAAUGUAAGUUACUAACAGAGAUUAUUAAAGUUCAUCACAAGGGCCGUAUGCUCGUAUGCCAUUAUAAAAAUAAAUCUCGAAUCUUUCUAAAAAAGUGGUUGAUUCAGUGCUGUGGAGUUCAUGAGUAACAAAUACGUUUGUAUAGAACUAUUUUAAAGUAUGAUUUUAAGCUUUGAUAAAUGUAAUGUUAGGUCUUAUUAUUGAACAUGUCUGAAUUAGGAUGUAAAUAUAGUGUCAUGAUAUACUUUUUUGUAUCAUUUGCUAUUUUUAGUCACUGGUCGUAAAGGCUGGUUUAUGUCUAAUUGUAAUAAUUACAUACUUCAAGCAUUAUGAUUUCUAUUUUUUUUUUUUUUUCAAGGUCGCGAUGUUGUAAAUAUUGUAAAAUUUAGUAAAUUUUGUUUUAAAAGAUGUGGAUCUAUUGUGUUGUAAAUAUACAAUAGGUCGCCUUGGAGAUCUUUUUCGGUAACCACGAGAGAAUGAUCUCUGGAAUUAUGUGUUUGUUAAUACUGUUAUUCACACUUUUGGAGCAUGAGCGACAUAGCUCGAAUGAUACUAUCUUUAAAUGUUAACUUUAUCUCCAUGCAAAACGGUUUAUAUUUAAUUGUAUACUAAUAUAAUAAGUUUAUCCAUAAGCGUAUUUAAGGGGGGAGGAGGGUAGCGUUCCCGGCCCAGAAUUGUCUGCUACCCAUCCCAGGAUCAAGAGCUUCAUAAAUAUGUCUGCCAGUUCACAUACGGCUUGUUUAAAUGACCAGGCCCAUCCUUAAAAAAUAAUUUUAAAUAUGCCAAUGAGUUUAUCUCUUUUUUGCGUAAACAAUUUUUGUAUCUUAUUUUGUUACUUUAGUGACUUGAUCACAAUGUUGAAAAUAGUAUGGAGUAACCCUAAAGGGGUUCUAGUUCAUAUGUAAAACCUCUCGUAAACCUAUUUUAGAUACGUGUUUUGCCCUUUUCUUUUGCAUUAAUUUCUCAAUUUUUAAGACCGUGACAAAACACCGUAAUAGUUAAAUUAGGCCUGUAGAACGUUUUAGUAUUUGAAUAAGGGAGGUGUUUUACAAGACAAGAAUUUAUCAGUCUGUAAUGUAACGACAUUUUAAAUAAAGGAUGGUUAAUUCCAUAUUCUGGAAUUAUUAACUAUAUUCGGUUUUUGAUGUAGCGAGUAUCAAAAUGCAUUUAUUACACUUUUAUUAUCAUACACAGGAUUAGUCUGAUAGCGAACUGAAAGUCAGUUAAACUAUUCACUUGAUAUUGUUGCUAAGUAAUCAUCAGAUAUCCAUUAUUAAUCAAGUUCCAAUGGAAGUGAUAAUAAUCUAUAAAAGCGAUUAUAUAUCAAUAGUAUUUAUUAAUCGAUAAAAUUGGUACCUAAUUAUUUAAAUGGCUAUGUAUGAUUGUAUAAAUCGAGUAGAUCGAAUAAAUGGCAAUAAACUAGAAUGCUAACGCGCGAGGAGCACUAUUACGAUUGGUGUUUCCUAUGUUUUUUAUCUCUAUAGGCAAUUAGCACUUUUCAUAUGCUAUUAGUUUGUCAUUUCAAUUUGAUACAAAACAAUUUUUAUAACACUAAUUGAAACACGAAAGUUUUUUUUUUAUUUCACAAAUUACGUCGCUGGCUUUCAUCUUCGCUAUGUACCUCUGUAGAUCAAUACAAUGUAUAUUGUGUAUAUUUUUUAACUUCGUACUACACAAUAUUUGAUUGUUAUUAUUGCGAUGUAGUAUUGUUCGACAUGGAUUCUAAAUGAUAACUUUUAAGUUUCCAUUAUAUUGUUUUAUUUAAAUAACUACAUGGCAACAAUUGUUAAAAAUCAAAUCGCUGUGAUGAAAUCACGUUUACAUUAUAUAUAACAAAUACACUAUACGUGAAAAUGUAUAAUUUUGUUUCACUAAUAUUUGUAACUUUAAGACUGCUAAUUUUUAAGUUUACGUAUCCACAGUCAAUCCAUAAUACUGAUAAUUGGUUAACACAAUUAGUUUUAGUCCUAUAUUUGUUUUUUUUUUUUUUUUGCAUUGCGUGCAAUAACAAACUCCUUAUUUUUUUUUUUAAUCGUGGUUGUAUAUUUUGGUACAAAUAAUAAAACCAAUAUUCAGGCAAACUUGAUGUUAUAUCGCUCAAGAUAAGUCUUAUAAAUAUUUUGAGAUAUGCCUAGAACUGGAAAUAUUUUUAUGCCGUCAAGAAUAUUACAUAUUAGGUAAAGUGGUUCGUGAGGCUUAUAAUAUCCAAUUACAAAAACAUCCAAAAGGUUUAAAUUAGUAUUUUAUGUUAAAAUGUUUUUUGAGCAUUCUUUUAUUUUUAUUAUAUUAACCAUUAAUAGUUCACUGCUGAAAUUAGGUCUCCCCUAUAAUUAAUGGUUUUGCCAAUAGUUGCCACCCUUGGCACCCAGGUAAAAGGAGGGGGUGGCCCAUUCUAUGCCGGGACCAUAUGGCACAUAUGAAUCAAUAAAUAUGAUAAUUCCAAUAUGACAAGUCUCAUAUUUUCAUUUGGCAGCUAUUUUUUUUUUCGAUCGAUAUUGUCAACUUACGUCGCAUUUCGUCACAUUAUACGUACAUUAUCCUAAAAUGAACGUGAAUAAGUGUAUAUAAUAAUAUCAUAAAUUUCUAUUUGUGGGUUUAUAUCGAAUUUAUAUCGAAAACGGGUCAGUAAACAGCGUCUGUCAUAAUUUUUCUAUAAAGUGGUCAAACCGUAGACGUAGUAUACAAAAAAGAGACAAGAAAAUGAUUAUACUAUGUGCGUGUUUUGUAAAGGUGUACAUGUGACAUCUGAAUAUAUUAGUAUAAAGUAUCUUUAAACAAUGUAUCCUGGUCACUGAAAUAAUUCAUAGACUUUACAUUUUUUUUUUCUGUACUUUUCGAUUCUAUUACAUGUUAAUAUUUGAUAAUAUAUUGUAAAUUUUAACAUUAAAUUUAUCGUAAAAUUUAUUUAUUUGGUCCAUUGAACAAUUUUUUAAUGAUAAAUAGGUGAUAAAAUUUUAUUAGCGCAUUUUGAUUACUUAAACGACAGAUUAUGAAAACUACAAAUUGUUAAAAUGGACGCAAAAACAGAUAGGUAUCUUAGGUAUCUUAUUAAUGUACUCGUAAAAUAUUUUUGUAUUAUUAAUGUAAAGAUAUGGUAUAUUGUUUAAUCAUAAUAUGGGACAGAGGUUGUCGUUUGGUAUUUCUUUUGUAUACUACUGCAAUAUUAAUUACCAACUAUUGUUCAAACUUUUGGAUGUUUUAAGCUUUGUUUAUUGUGGCCUGAACUGAUAAGUUUUACUGUGUAAAUACUCGUGAUUUUAUCGAUUGUGUAGGCUUUAGUGCAUAAGGUACGAAGUAUUUAAGUUUCAAUAAAGACUAUGUCGAAAUUAA